AUGGAAGGUUUGCCUACGUACGAAGAAGUGGUAUCAAAAAACCUCUCACGAAUGAUCAAACAAUACGAAUUCCGCCAAGCUUUUGAUUUGGCAGUCAUAAAAGUAUAUAGGACGCAUCCGAACGCCUUCUUGUGCAUUAUGCUCUUGUUAUACAUCAUAAGUAUAAUUUUAGUCUAUUUUGGAAUAGCGCACAUGCGCAAAAAGUGUAAAGACACUCGUGACAUUCUAUACGGUAAAAAAUGUCAUGAUAUACCGAUAUAUGCAACGGAAACCGGUUUGUACUGCGAAGACACCAACAGUUCUUUCUCAUCCGGUUCUAUUGACAGUCUUGAAUCACGUAUCACAGAAAUUCUUUUUUUUUAUGAAGAUGAAGUGAAUGAUGGUAAAAAAGUGGUCUAA